AUGGCACCAACAGGGACAACAACAGAACAAAUUUUAAAGAAGUUACAGUCCUAUAAUUUGUUCUAUGGAACCUUCAAUAACGGUUUGGACGACUGUAGUGACAAGGGUGCCAAGGCUGAACAGUUGAGGGCUGCAUUGAAUGGCAAUUUCUCACAAUGUCAAAAAAUUAUUGACGAUGCUAAAAAAAUCGCGGGCGCAUACUGUUCCGCAUGUUUCAUGAAUAGCACCCAGUACUACAAGAAUGAACCCUGUUAUUUUUUUUAUUAUUGGUUGGGAGAGUUAUUCUUCAAGCAUCGGAGUAAAGAAGACUUAGAUAAUUUCUUAGAAAUAGUUUACAGAACAAUGAGAAAUGUUCCCGAUAGUAAGAAGUGUAAUAUUAAGUACAAAGAUGAGAACAAGCAUAUUUUCGAGCAGAAGAGGAAAGUACAUAUUUUCUCCAGUGACUAUGGAACCAUACAGAGACUUGUAGGAAACUGUAAGCCUACAGAUUGUUCAGAGUAUUUAAAGUAUCUACAGGAUAUUAAAGCAGCAUGUAAGCUUGUGAGUGUAGGUUGCGAUGGAAGUGGGCAUGAAAGUGGUGAAUACUGUAACGAUUAUAAUGAAAAAUAUAAGAACUACUGUGAUAAGAACCUACAGGAACUGAUAGAUCUAUGUAUUGAGCGCAAACAACGCAAACCAAAUCCUAAUCCAAAUCAGGCGGGCAGUUCAGGCAGUUUUUCCGAUAGUGAGGAGGAUGAUUUGGAUGAUUUCCCUUCAAAAUUAGGGUACAGCAGAUUCAACGGGCAAGUAAAGUAUACUGUGGAAAAUAUACCUGAGUGUAACGAGGAAACGGUAAAGGCUAAUUUAAACAACGCAUUAGACAAGUAUGCAAGUAUUAAGGAAGAUAUUGAUAAGAUUGCAAAAGCUUGGUGUUAUACAGUUAAGGGGAGAGCAGGAGAAGAACUGAAUAAUGAUUUAUAUUACCUCUUCUAUUAUUGGCUAGGAGGUAUAGUGUGGAAGAAGGGCGAAAGUAAUACCUUCCCAGUAGUUAUGAAUGCCAUUUAUUCUGCAUUGUGGGGGGUGCUUCAUAAAAUUAGUGCUACACCUAUGUGCACUAAUAUUGACCAAGGUAAGUUCAACCAAAUGAAAAAAGUAUUCAAUUACUACUAUGACUAUUCAACUAUAACAGAGUGCAUAGAAAGUUCCCCGGCGUCAGGACCCAAUUGUACUGACAAAUAUUCAGAUUAUCUGGACAAAGCUGAUGCUGCAUAUGGGGGAAUGGAGAAAUAUUGUGGACCAGGUAAUAAUUUAAAUAGGACAUGUUGUACUUAUUUUAAGAAAAUUUCCAAUCAGAGUGAUGGCAACAGUAUUCUCAAGCCAUUAGAAUUGAAAUCUAAAUUAGAACCUUUAAGAAGGGAGCGUUCUCUCGAAUUAGGUCCAUUACCUACAGCAGAUGGGGCAACCUCCUCUGGAGGCGCCACCCCAGCCAUCAUCUCCUCCACAGCUGCACUAAUAGGUUUACCAAUGGCUGCUUUCUUUCUGUACAAAGUAAUUAGCACAAUAUGA